AUGGACCAACCAUCAGGAGUAGAUCAACCUGACAACACGGCAGACUCUGUGUCUAGAAGGACGAUUGUCGAAGUGUCACAACUUUUGGAGAAUUUUGCGCAAAACGAUCCAAUUUUUGACAAUGAACUUCUUUAUCCGACACCAAAGCCCUCAGAGAUUGCCAAGUUCGACCCUGUUACUGGCAAAUUAUCACAGGCUACAAUUGAAUCAAUAGUUACGUAUCUAACAUCUCCAGAAAUUAUUGAUUACCAGUUCAUAGUGGACUUUUUCCUCAGUUUUCGAACAUUCAUAGACACACUACCGUUAAUGGAACUUCUUCUGUGCAGACUAACGUGGUGUCUAAAAGGUUCUCUUUCGGAGGAUCCGGAGACGGCAACCAUAGGAAAGCUUGCCCUUGUCAGAACUUUUGUCACCAUCAGACAUUGGAUAUUAAAUCAUUUUCAGGACGACUUUCUUAAUGACAGACAAAUGCGGGAACUUUUCACAUCCACAAUUAACGAGCUUCCCCAUCACGAGUGUUACAUUAAAAAUGGCGGUCAAUCUUCAUCUUUGGGAUCGAAAGUUCUUGUGAGUUUGAAAAAGAGCUAUCUGGUGAUGUGCCACAUCUUCUGGAACACUGUCUCUCUCGACAAGUUAAAGGAUGUUGAUAUUCUCACCUAUCCGAUCAAGAGUUACUCAUCCAUACCUCACACACGGCUUUCAGUGCUUGGACUGAGACAAAUCCGUGAUCCAUCAGUCCGUAGGUCUGGAAUUUUAUCCAUGGUCGAGCAGAACUCAUCAAGUUCUGUUAAUAUGCUCUUGAAAGAGCAUUCCAAACAAAAUACCAACUCCAAUAAUACCUUAGAAAGCAUAAUUCAAGGAAGUUUGCAUACCAAUUGGAGAAAGGCUACCAGUCUGGGUGCUGCGAUGGGUACGAGAGUUUCGCAUUCAUCAGCAAACAGAUAUGAUAGCAUAUUUGCGAAAGAUAGAUUUAUACUUCACCCAAAAGCAUCGUUGGCAUCAUUGGGUCCAAAGAAUUUGAAAAAUGUUAGCCGUGAUGGUACAAUAGAAAAUCUUUACAGCAAUGUUCUGGAGCACGUGCAGACCACACCAGUGCAAGGAGUGAAGUCACUUGCUUCCACAUCUGGUGAUAGAAUACCUACGAGUCAAGAAAGUAGGGGUUUCACAGUAGGUGGAAGGCUCGAAGUCUUCAGUGAUAGUACAGUUAUAAAGAUAGCGCCAAGUACACCUUUGAAAAGACUGAACAGUCGUGUAAAUGUUAUGGCCAGCAAAAAGAAAGAGGCUCGUACUUCGAGAAAAAUUGGAAGGUUGACGCAUAGUAAUACACAGCGAAGAAGGACGAGAAUUUUUAGGCACUUGUUUCCUGGCGAUUAUGGUGUGGGAUCCAAUGUAUUUAAUGCUGGUGAAAGUUGCAAAACCGGGGUAUCGGAAAGUUCUACUGGUGUAUCGAAGUCAGAGGCAAAGCCACACAGAUUGUUAAGUCUGAAAAGACAAAUUGACACCGCUGGAAAAAUCGAUGUUUUGAGCAAGAGAGUUCUCACGGACUACGAGACGAUACACGAGAAUAAGGAUAAGAUCACACAGGCACGACUAAAGAAAAAGGCAUCAAUACCUAAUAUGGCCCAGGAAGAAAGCUAUUUUCAGGAAUCUCCAACAAAGGGAAAAGGAUCAAGCCAUGGAACAGCAUCCAUAGAGUCUUCGGCACUGCUUGCAAACUUUAACAGUAAGUUUGGACCCAAUGAUUCGAAUAUCGAUAAUAGUAGCAUUUCUGAUGCGAUCGAUGUAGAUAAUUCAGCUGUGGAGCAACAAGUGGACGAGUUGGCAUCUGCAUCGGAGAAUCCUGAUGAUAAACUGUCCUUUAAGACACCGUCUGUUACAAUAAACUGGUCGAAUUCGCUGGAUAUUUCGCAUUCCACUAGAGAUAUAGUCGACAUGUCUCUUCAUCCAACUGGUACAGAGAGGAUCGUGGAUUCUGAAGUGGCAGCCAGUAUUGAGGAAAAACAGAUAGAGGAACAAGACAACCAAGAACAGCAAAAUGCACCUGAAGAUGCUAAUGAACAGGCCACGAUUUCUACUGAUAGGACAAGCUAUUAUGAUACUAAGAGUACGCCACCAGUAAAAAUUGAUCUUAAACCCAUGAAAAGUGCACAUGCUUUAGAUUUGUCUGAUUCUGAAUUUUUUUCCUUUGAGUCGGCAGCAAGUCCUAUAUUAUCCAACAGAAGCUCUAAGACGGAUGCCAGCGAGAAUUUACUACAGCUUGACGAUGCCAUGUUAUCUGCCAACAAUGACAAGAAUACCAAUAGCAUGAAUUCCACUGUUUCACUUAUCAAGGAGAAAAGGAAUACCAACAUGUCUACUGUGGAAGAAGACGAGACAUGCGUGAAAAUUCCGAAGGAAACUCAGGAGGUUGUUCACCAUGAAGAUGUUGCUGGCAUAAAUGAAGAUCAUAGCAUCGAAGAAAUUGUUCAGAAAGCAUCUAUGAAUGAGAAUGAUGAUGAUAAAAUGUACGGUAGAAAUGGUGAAGAGGGAAUUAGUGAUCAUGAUGAAGAUGCUGAAAGCGGGUCUAAAAGUGCAUGCAACAUAAAAAGACAGGAAAGCAAUCAGCAGGAGAGUCCAAAUUCAUUUAGAAAGAACUCCUCAGGACUUCGAACGACUGAUUCGCUAGAUGGUACUUUACCCCUUGGAUGCUCUUCUAUGAUCUCAACACCACCGACUUCUAUCAAAGAAGGUAAGAAGAGAAUUAAAUCCGAUGAAACGGACCUUGAAACUGACUUGGACAAGCAGAUUUCGGUCAGGGUUAUCUCCCGCAACAGCGUUGUGUCAUCAAGAUCUUACAUGACGUAUGAUUCGUCACUUUCGUCUGACGGAUAUGUGCAGGACAGGUGUCAAUUUUCAUCUGCUAAGCUCAGGAAGAAGAAUGCAUUCAAUGAUCUCAGAAAAGGAUUGGUACAUGAAGUGGUGACGGAGGAUGAUACUCACAAUUCACCAGCCCCUCAUGAGGAUAUUGCAGUUCAAGGUAACGGUGAUACUGAUUCAAGUCCUCAUGGAAGUUUACUUCUGGGAUCAUCCUCGUACAGCUCUUAUUCAAUUGAUUCGCAUAAUCUUUGUGAACAAAUGGCGCUUCCUUUUUACAUUGGCGAUUUGACUAACGCGAAUGUUAAUAAGACCGGGAUUGCAGUUGACAAGACAGAAACUUCGAUUUCUUCCUCCUUAUCGCAAUCCACCGUAUCUAGUGGGCAAUGCUCUUCUGAUUUGUCCUCAUCAGAGAGUCCACAAUCAUGCCUUUUACCAUAUCCUGGCAUUUCUCAGUCUGCUAUUGACGAACUUGCUGCAAUCCCAGAUAAUGAAAUAGACUGUAACCCAAUCGAAUAUGCAAGAAGUAAGCUUAAAGGUGAGAUGUCGACUGAGAAAAAAGGUGUCCCUGAAUUCAAUGAUAAGAAGGAUCUUACACCUCCAAUGGAACCAACUCACGAGGAGGAUGUUAUUAAUGGGUCCGGUGAAUCGUUGAAUACAAUGGAAGAGCAGAAAUUGGAAGAUAGGGUUCAUGAUUUAUUUAUUUCAUCGAGUCCAAAUGCUGUUGAAAAAGGGGAAGAUAGCGGGAAAAAACUGUUUAAUCACCAAAGGACACCAACAUCUGUUUCAGCAGGAUCUAGUACAAGACUAAAGUACAGUUCGGUUUCUCUAAAGCAUCAACCUAGGAGCACCAGUUCGUUUGAUAUCGAGUCGUUAAAGCUCACUCCUAAGAAGUUGUUAUAUGGAACGCCAUUGAUGAGUGUUCAGGAAGCCAUGUAUAAGGGUAACCAUAUACCAUUUAUCUUAAGUUACGGAUCCGACGUCUUAUUCAACCAGAUGACUCUGAUUGAACGAGAUCUACUUCUUUCCAUUGAUUGGAAGGAGAUUCUUGACACUAAAUGGGACAAGCCAAUCAACCCAUAUAGCUCAUGGCUUAGACUUUUGCUUGAUAGCGUAGACAAAUCUGGUUUAGAGAUUAUUACGUUGAGAUUUAACCUUGUCACUAACUGGAUUAUAUCAGAGAUUCUUUUAUGCAAAGACUUGGCCGUUCGCGUACUUACAAUCUCCAGGUUCAUUCACUUGGGAAUCGUUUGCAAAAAGAAGCAGAAUUAUGCCACAAUGUUUCAGGUGACCUUAGCAUUAACUGCACCAAUCAUCAAAAAAUUGAAAUCCACAUGGAAUGCCAUUGAUGCGGGAGAUCUGUUGGUUUUGAAAGAACUCAAGGAUGCUACCUCUCCCGCAAACAAUUUCAAGGACAUUCGGGAUCAAAUGGAUGUUGCAGUUCCUUCGAAAGGUAUAAUUCCAUUUAUUGCCCUUGAUUUAAGUGAUUUGACAGUUAAUUCUGAACGGUCGGACACUAUUGCAGUUGCAACGGAUACAGAUGGAGAAGAGGCUGGUGAACCAUAUGAGUUAAUUAAUUUUGAUAAGUUUAGAACAAAAUGUGGAAUAUUGAAGAGGAUACUGAGACUAAUCGACUGGUCGAAGUUGUACAAACUUACCGAAAAUAAAGAGGCCCUAUCUAAGUGUUUGUACCUCAGUUCGAUGAGCGAACAGGAGAUGGAAUAUUGCUAUGCACAUCUUGAUACACCAUAG